GUAUUAAUUUGCAACGUUUUAGCUUCUCACAAUAUAUUAGAUCUUUGUCCCCUAACUAUCUGAGAUAUCUUUACGACUGUCAAAUCAAAUAAGUAACUUUUUGACAAUUCCUUGGUUGCCUUUCUCGUCCACCAAAGCCUCGCGUUGCUUGUGUCCCAUGACGCUUGAUUCAUGAGCCGACUCGUAUCAUAAACCGAGAGCCAAUUUUCUGGAAAUAUACGUGAUCUCUCCCUUUAUUUUUCUACAACCUUCAAAAGACACUUGCGUAGUUACCUUUUAUAAACCAGUGGUGUCUUUGAGGGCUUUCUCCAUCAACUGUGGAGACUAGGCUACUGGCCACCCACAUCAUUGUGAUCACCUUCAUUACCUGCCAGUUUAGGAUGCAACGAUGUACUUGUCAUGCCGCUUCUCACUAAUGCCUCAGGUAGGAAGUGAACCGGAGGACGUCACAGAGGAGGGAUGCCUGUAGAGAGUGGAAGCAGUGCCGCCGCCCGUCACACCAAGCAGAAGCGCAAGUCCCACAGCCUGUCCAUUCGGCGCAGCAACAGCACUGACCAGGAGCAGCGCACAGUGACAGGCAUGCAGAGAGAUAUGCUGGACGGACAGGACUCCAAAUUGCCCCUGUCCUUGCGGAGCAAUCUACUAGACCUGUUUGGCCAGAUAGAGCGGGAGUUUGAGAAUCUCUACAUCGAAAACUUAGAAUUGCGCCGGGAAAUUGAUACACUCAACGAGCGCCUAGUAUCCGAAGGACAAACCAUCGAUGGAGGAGAGCUGAGCAAAGGAGCUCUAAAAGCGAAAGCCAGUCACAGUACCAGCCAGCUCUCUCAGAAACUGAUGACCACGUACAAAGCCUCCACGAGCAAGAUAGUGUCGAGUUUCAAAGCCACCACGUCCAGAGCUGUGUGUCAGAUCCUGAGGGAGUAUGUGGGCCACCGAGAUGGCAUCUGGGACCUGGCGGUGACACGGAACUCACCUGUGGUUCUUGGGACCGCAUCAGCAGACCACUCUGCUGCUCUGUGGAGUAUAGAGACAGGAAAAUGUCUGCUUAGAUAUGCUGGCCAUGCCGGAUCUGUCAACUCCAUCAAGUUUCACCCUACGGAACAGAUGGCCCUGACAGCGUCUGGGGACCAGACGGCUCACAUCUGGCGCUACAUGGUGCAACUGCCCGUCAUCCCGCCUCUAGCAGAUAUCAGCGCACUGUGUGAUGACGAGCUGGACUUCUCAGACAGGGAGGAUGGUGACGGGGACGGGGAGGGUCCGUGCAGUGAGGUCCCCACCAUCCGCGUGGCCACCACCACCUUGAAGAGCCACCAAGGGGUGGUCAUCGCUGCAGACUGGCUGGUAGGGGGCAAGCAGGUGGUCACUGCUUCCUGGGACCGGGCUGCCAACCUAUAUGAGGUGGAGACCUCAGAGCUGGUCCACACACUGACAGGCCACGACCAGGAGCUGACCCACUGCUGUACCCAUCCAAGCCAGCGUCUGGUGGUCACCUCGUCCAGAGACACCACCUUCCGUCUGUGGGACUUCAGAGACCCCUCCAUCCACUCUGUAAACGUGUUUCAGGGACACACCGACACGGUGACGUCAGCUGUGUUCACAGUGGGGGACAACGUGGUGUCGGGGAGUGACGAUCGCACCGUCAAGGUGUGGGACUUGAAGAACAUGAGGUCGCCCAUAGCAACCAUCCGCACAGACUCUGCUGUUAACAGGAUAAGUGUCUCAGCCAACCAAAGAAUCAUCGCUCUCCCACACGACAAUCGGCAAGUCAGGCUGUUUGACAUGACUGGAGUAAGACUGGCACGACUACCACGCAGCAACAGACAGGGUCAUCGACGCAUGGUGUGCUGCUCGGUGUGGAACGAGGAGAAUGCGUCAUGUAACCUGUUCACCUGUGGCUUCGACCGGCAAGCCAUCGGAUGGAACAUAAACAUCCCAGCUCUGCUGCAGGAGAAGUGAUGCAGGACAAGUGACACACACACUGCACAUACACGGGCGUGCAGACACACACACACACACUACACACAUACCACUGUAUUUGAUGUAUAUUAUCUCCAUCCACUUUGCAUGGACUGAGUGUUUUUGUGUGUUUUAAUGGAGAGGACAAAGUCAUAUUUUAAACCCAUCUAUAUAUGUAAAAAUAUAUUUGGUUGACUCCAGAAAACACUACUUCUAUGGUGUUGUUUACUGCUGAUGAACAUGAAUGGGUGAAUAGCAAGCCCUAGUUGAUCUUGCAUGCACUCAAACUCCCGUCAAUGUAUUUGUAAAACUGUCUGAAGAACGAUAGGAGAGGCAAUACAUUUGUACCAUGCGUAUCAUAUGGUGGCCUGGUCUAACCCAGAUGGAUGAUCUUUGCACUGAGUGGGUAAUCUUGGCUGUUUUCACCCUCGUUGGCCUGCAUGAUCAAGGGCUAGGAGUUUACUAUACUGUAUCAUCUAGAGACCUACACAUUUGACCUACUGAGUUGUUUUGAGUCAGUCACAUUUUACACUGUCCAUUGUACAGAUUUCCUUUUAAAAACACAUUUAAACAAUUGUUUGCCAUACUGUUAGGAUACAUCUGCCUUGUUCUUUCUAUACUGUGUAGUACUCAAUAUGACUAUGUGGGUGUACUGUAGCUUUGACAAUAGGGAACCUGCAAUUAUGUUUUUUUUGCAAGAAAAUGCAUUCAUGCAUGCAGCAGCAAUGGGGCUUGUUCAAUAUCAUAUUUCACAUUUCCUCCAUGGGUCACAAUGUGCUGAUAUGGUUACUGGUCACCUGCUUAGAUAAAUAUGCUUGACUGAUAUUGAUGUUUGCUGUACAUAGAUCUCAAUGAAAAUGAUAGAUGAUCAGCUUGAAGUGUGUAGUCCCCCUGGCCAGUACACUGUUUACUGUAUUGCAUGGGCUAAUCUAAUGUUGAAUAUGUGAUCAUAACAUCCUCCAAUAGCAAAGCCACAAAAGAGCUCAAUAAAAUGAUUUGGUUAAUUAUCA